CGCCCAGCUCUCAGGGUCAGCCCUGGAGCGUCAGGCUGUGGCGGGUGCUUUGCCUGGGCUCAGCGUGGACCCUGGCCUGGGGCGCGAUGGCAGCGGCGGCCCUAAGGGUUGCUGGGCGGCAGCUGAGCCAGCACAGCGGGUCUGGAGCCCCCGUCCUCCUGCGGCAGAUGUUUGAGCCGAAAAGCUGCACCUAUACGUACCUACUGGGUGACAGAGAGUCCCGGGAGGCCAUUCUGAUCGACCCGGUCCUGGAGACAGCACCCCGGGAUGCCCAGUUGGUCAAGGAGCUGGGGCUGCGGCUGCUGUACGCUGUGAAUACCCACUGCCACGCAGACCACAUUACAGGCUCCGGGGUGCUCCGGUCUCUACUUCCUGGCUGCCAGUCUGUCAUCUCCCGCCUUAGUGGGGCCCAUGCUGACCUUCACAUUGAGGAUGGCGAUUCUAUCCGCUUUGGACGCUUUGCCUUGGAGACCCGGGCCAGCCCUGGCCACACCCCAGGCUGUGUCACCUUUGUCCUGAACGACCUCAGCAUGGCCUUCACUGGAGAUGCCCUGCUGAUCCGUGGAUGUGGGCGGACAGACUUCCAGCAAGGCUGUGCUAAGACCUUGUACCACUCAGUCCACAAAAAGAUCUUCACACUUCCAGGCAACUGUCUGGUCUACCCUGCUCAUGAUUACCAUGGACACACAGUGUCCACCGUGGAGGAGGAGCGGACUCUGAACCCUCGGCUCACUCUCAGUUGCGAGGAGUUUGUUAAGGUCAUGGACAAUCUGAACUUGCCUAAACCACAGCAGAUAGACAUUGCUGUUCCAGCCAACAUGCGCUGCGGGGUCCAGACGCCGCCUUCCUAACCUGUUUCUGUCAGGUGCUUAUGUCCGUCAAGAAUGCACUCAGUGGAGCGAGGGGAGAGGGGUCACCACUAGACCUCUGUCCCCUCCCACCCUACCCCCAUCAGCCCCUCGAACUUCUUAAAUAAAAAGUAUUUUUUUUCCUUUCAUCAUGAA